AUGAGAAUUGUUUCGCUCGCUGCCGGUCUUAUUGGCUUGUGCACUUUUUUGACGAAUGUCUUCGCGCUUCCCAGUGCCAAGCGUGCUGAAACUACUAACAAUGCUGCUUCGAGCACUUUAGAGGACUACCGCGUCCUUCCCGAUGUCGUUUUCAUUCCCGAUCCUUCCUAUGGAAUGUCGAUCACUUGGUAUGCCAAUGACAAUUUUGGUGUCGGCAUUGCAUCCAAUGGUACUCUUAUCCCUGCUGGCACUUGCAACGGUGAAAUUAUGCCUGACAUCUCUUGCUGCUAUGGUAUUUGCCGAGGCCUCGUCCGUCGUGAUCUUUCUGGUGAUUCAGAGAAACCAUCCAUUCCCGUUACGGUUAACAUUCCUAAAGUUCCCGGCGUUGAAGCUCUGACCAUUCAUCCCGACACUACUUAUGACAUUAAGGUCUCCAACAGCAGCUCCUCACAGAGCUGUAACGGUGUCAACAUUCUGUCUUGCUGUUCUAGCUUAUGCUGUAAUUGCAUUAUCAUUUAG